CAUUGCUCAAAAUAACCGUAAACAUGCAUGGAAAGAUCAUCUUCUUCGAGGACAAGAACUUCCAGGGUCGUUCCUAUGAGACCAGUCAGGACUGCCCUGACAUGUCCUCCCACCUGAGCAGGUGCCACUCCUGCAGGGUUGAGAGUGGCUUCUUCAUGGUCUACGAUCGCCCCAACUUCAUGGGAAACCAGUACUUCAUGAGGAGGGGUGAAUACCCUGACUACCAGCAUAUGAUGGGAAUGAACGACUGCAUCAGGUCCAGCCGUAACGUCCCCAUGCACAGAGGAAACUACAAGAUGAGGAUCUACGAGAAGGAGAACUUCGGAGGUCAGAUGCACGAGAUGAUGGACGACUGUGACUCCAUCCAGGAGCGUUACCAUAUGUCUGACUGCCAGUCCUGCAAUGUGAUGGACGGCCACUGGCUGAUGUACGAGCAGCCCCAUUACAAAGGCAGACAGAUGUACAUGAGGCCUGGAGAGCACAUGAAUCUCAGGGAGAUGCAGGGACACAAUGGAAUGAAGUUCAGUUCCAUCAGAAGGAUCACCGACUCCUUCAUUGGCAGCAGAGAACUGGAAGGAAUGGCGGCCAAAUGUGGUGUUGGCUUUGGGGAUGAACUGGUGGGCCUCUGUGUCAUAUUGCUCUGUCAGGGGUUUGAACAAUGGAGCCACAUAUUCUUUGGCUGUCGGCUCAAGUAUAAAAGCGAUAGGGGAACAUACAGAAAAUUGUACAAUCCUGAGACCAAUACAGUAACCGCAACCAUGUCUAUGGGAAAGAUCAUCUUCUACGAGGACAGGAACUUCCAGGGUCGUUCCUAUGAGACCUCCAGCGACUGCCCUGAGCUGACCUCCUACCUGAGCAGGUGCAACUCCUGCAGGGUUGAAAGCGGCUGCUUCAUGGUCUAUGAUCAUUCCAACUUCCAGGGAAACCAGUACUUUGUGAGAAGGGGAGAGUAUGGUGACCACCAGCGUAUGGGCAUGAACGAUUGCAUCAGGUCUUGCCGUAACAUCCCCAUGCACAGAGGAAACUUUAGGAUGAGGAUGUACGAGAAGGAGAACUUCGGAGGUCAGAUGCACGAGCUGAGCGAUGACUGUGAGUCCAUGACCGAUCGUUUCCGCAUGAACGACAUGCAGUCCUGCAAUGUGAUGGACGGCCACUGGCUGAUGUACGAGCAGCCCAACUACAGAGGCAGGCAGAUGUACAUGAGGCCUGGAGAGUACAGGAACAUGAGAGAGUUGAGCAUGCACAUGGGCUCCAACCCCAUGAGGGUCAACAGCAUGAGGCGUAUCAUGGAUUCUUGUUAUUAA